AUGCCUUCCCUCGACGUGAUCCGCGCUGCCACAGCGAAACUGCACGAUGGCCCUCCCCUAGUUGCUGUGUUCACGGCGACUACAGGCAUCGGACCGUAUACGGCCAAGGAGCUGGCCAAGGCGUUCGCGUCCUCGGGCUCCAAGCUGCGCGUCUACAUAGUCGGACGCAAUGCUGAGCGAGCCGAGGCUCUGUGUAAGGACGGCAGGCAGCUGAGCCCCGGCUCCGACUGGCAGUACGUGCCUGCGAAGAACCUGGCACUGAUCAAUGAGGUCGAUGACAUUUGCGCCGAGAUUCGCCGGCGCGAAGAAAGAGCGCCGUUCCAGGGUGGACCUGCGCGGGUGGACCUGCUGUACAUGAGCCACUGCUGGCCAGUACUCAAGAAGCGCGAAGACACGUCCGAGGGCCUCGACACGUUUCUUUCAACGACGUACUACUCUCGCAUCCGCUUCAUCAUGCAGCUCGAGCCGCUGCUUACCGCAUCUCCCUCUGCCCACGUCAUCUCCAUCUACGCGGGUAACUUCGAGGACCCUAUCAAGCCGGGCCAGCAACCGAUCGGUCUGCCUCCGCCCGAGGAGUACGGCGUUGGGGGCGUGCGCAAGUACACCAGCUUCAUGAAGGUCUUUAUGUUCGAGACGCUGGCCGAAAAGCAUGCAGGUCACAUCAGCUUUACCUACGUCUAUCCAGGGCUGGUCGAUGGACCUGCAUUCUACGUCGAAAGCAACACCCCUCUCUGGUUCCGCUGGCUGUGGCCAGUGAUCAAGGUGGUUCUCGGGUGGUACAUGACCUCUGCAGAGGACUGCGGCCAGGUUAUGCUCUUCCUCGCUACGCCCACGUUCCCGGCACAGGGCACAGCCAGCGAGUCCGGGAACCAACAGGUGGCCCGGAGCACCAAGGGAGAGGUGGGUGGCGGCUCCUACGCGACCGGCCAUCGAGCGGAGUGGAAGGAGAAGGGGACGAGCUUUGAAAAGCAUCGCCAGCCGGACACAGCAAAGAAGGUCUGGGACCACACGAUGGAGGUGAUCGAUCGUGUGGUGGCCGGGCGCGACACGGGGGCUCCGAGAGUGCCAAUGGAUAUCUUGAUCCAAGCCGGAGGGCCCGUUGAACUGGGAGCUGGAUACUCUGCGCGCGGGACGUUGCGCACGUGGGCAAAGAAGCAGAUGACGACGAGCGGGCCUAUCUCACGCGGGACGCUAGAAGAGCAAUAUAAUCAUUCUCACGCCUUGCCAUAUGGCCGCGCCGACCUGAUAACAGUCAGCUCGGCUUCGGUCGAGGCGCGCGACGCGAGGCGCUAG